GCCAGAAUCUUUUCUGAUCGCUGUGGAAGAUCUAUUUUCGGGAAAUGGAGGCGAUGCUCAGGAGCCGAAUGAACAGCUUUUUCUCUCCCCCUCUGUAUUUACAGAGGCACCAGUUUGUGAUUGAGUUUGUUAAAAAAUCCAGACCCAGAACGGUGUUGGAUUUAGGAUGCUCUGGAUGUUCCCUGCUGAGAAAACUCAGAUUUCAUCGUCACGGUGUAGAAUUACUGGCAGGAGUGGACAUCGACUGCGCCACCAUCCGACAAAACAUGUAUACACUGGCUCCACUCAUGACUGAAUACUUGCAGCCAAAUGCCAGACCACUUACAAUCAACCUUUAUCAAGGCUCCAUCACAGAAAUGGAGCCGUGCACCAAGGGCUUUGAUCUGAUCGUCUGCAUUGAAGUCAUGGAGCACCUUCAGCUUUGGGAAGUGGAGAAGUUUUCAGAGGUUUUGUUUGAAUACAUGGAGCCACGCACUGUGAUAAUAAGCACACCAAAUGCAGAUUUCAAUCCUUUAUUACCAGGACUAACAGGCUUCAGACACAAAGGCCACAAAUUUGAGUGGACCAGAGCACAGUUUCAAGCUUGGGCUGAUGGAGCUUGCAAGAAAUAUGGCUACUCUGUAGAAUUCACAGGAGUAGGAGAGGCUCCUGGGGCGAUCAGAGAUGUUGGAUUCUGUUCCCAGAUUGGAGUUUUCCAAAGAGUUGUUGGUUAUUUAAAUACACAAAUAAAUAACUCUGAGCAGGAACCUACAGUUUAUCAGCUGCUGUACAGAGUGGUUUAUCCGAGCCUCUGUGACAACAAUAUCUUCCAGAGGACUGUAGUUUGUGAAGUCCUCUACAGAGCAGAGCAGCUGAAGAAGGAAUGGCUAAAGAGUCAGGAAGGUGAGCAAUGUGAUUUCACCUCCUGUGAACCCAUGCUACCAUCUGAGGCAGCGGGGCAGGCAAGGGAGGAAGAGGUGGUGUACAGGCAAGGGAGAUGGGUGUGUGUGCCGCUUCUGUGUUUGUGGGCUGGUUCCACAGUGCAAACUCUGUGCAAGAAUAUCCAGCAACUUAGAGACUUGCUGCUGGUGGACUUGCAAGUACAGCUAGAUGCUGACAGAGAUGCCAUAAUGUUGCCUAAUGAUUAUGAGGAGGAGGAAGACGAAGACGAAAUGGACGAGGGUGAGAAGGCAGAACGUGUGCCAAGGUCUGUGAAUGACAAUGCCGAGGAGGACUGGGAAAAUGAACUUUAAUAACUUCUUACUUUAGGAAAUCAGUAAUUAUGGAACUAGAACACCUUGCAGUCACUGGCCUGCUUGUCAGGUUUAUUUUCCAUAUAGGACAAUUUGUGAGUGGCUAAUCUAUUGUUAUGAACAAUUCUCUGCUCUUCCUAACAACAGUAGCUGAUUUAAUUCAGUCAGUCCUGUUCUGGUGACUUUCUUGAGAUUAAUGUAUCUAAAUUAAACUUGGUCAUUUGCAGUAUGGAAGCAGCUGUUCUGUAUUUUGACAUGAUGGUGGAGGAACGUCACGGACAUUUGAUCUCUGAUCAACUGGUGGGAAAAA